GUCUGAUCUGAUCAUUAUUAAUUUGAUAGGUAGUUCCCAGUACGCCCCAAGUUCUUCAGGGAGAGAGUGGAUAUUAGAAGAUGCACACGGUCAUAUUGAGUAUUGAGAAUUGAAUUUUGUGUGUGCGCGCUAACAAUCUCAACGCCAUGGUGGGACGCGGUCAUGGGAGACAAUCUUUCAGGCGGAAUAAUCCCUAAGCUAACCUUUAAGAGCGAAGUUAGACAUUGAGCACCAUAACUUUGAGGCAGACUGCAGAUCACUGUUACACGUUAUGCAGUGCCCCGAAUAUCAUGCAGUGCGCCCGAAGGAAAUAAUAGUUGGGGUACCAAAGAAGUGCAACCUCACCAGUGACCGUGAAGCGCUCAGUAAGCACGUUAGUGGCACCAAGGAAGUAACAUGAGAAUCACGAAUAAAAUAUGCUGCAUGUAUACAUGCAGCACUGUAGUGCUUUGAUACUAGGCGGGGUGCGGGCACAUGCAGGUCAAUUUAUUCAACAGUUGCCAUUUGAUAUUGCUCUACUACAGCCCGAUUUGGCUAUCCCUGCUGAUGACCAAAAUCUGCUGCAAUGUUUGUUAAACCAACAUGCCCAACUAACGCCGUCUUCUGAUUCUCAGCAUGCUCUGACAAACUUAAACAAUGGAAUAUGUGAAAUUCUGGAUAAUAUUAUUAUCAACCCGUCAAUCUUUGAGUCAGCACAACUGGAGCAUAUUCAUCGUGUUGGCUCUUUUAAAAUGGGCACAUGGUUGAAUGGUUCAUGCAUAGCAGAUUUAGUCUGUGUACUUCGAACACUACCAACACGUGAAGCUGUACAAAACUUAGCCAAUUUUGUUCGUAGUCAACUGACAACUAAUAAAUCGUCGACUGAAUAUAUUAAUUGUAAAGUUGAAUUAGAAAGCUAUGGAUUCUCUGUCACCUCUGGGGACUAUGUUGUGCAAGUUUUAAUCACUACUACACCAAUGAAUUUAAAUAAAGUAGAUCCUAAUAUACAUAUUAAUUUAGCUGCUCAAAAAACUGCACUUGCUUCAAUUCGACAUUUACGUUGGACUGAGGAACAUGCUUCACAUCCUACUGUGAAAGUAUUAACGCGUAUCUUGAAAGAUUUUCGAAGACGUUUUCGCGGCUUUAGUUGUUUGAAUUCUUGGCUGAUUAAUCUACUGGCUCAGUAUGCUGUUAUGAAUAGUCCACAAUGUCAACCAUUGCCACUUAAUCAUGCCUUUAGACGUGUUUUGUAUCUAUUGUCUAGUGGUUUUCUUCUUCCUGGGAGUACAGGUUUAUUGGAUCCAUGUGAACCGGGAUAUAUACGUCUUCACUCGUUGAUGUCCCUUGCUCAACAGGAUGAAUUAUGUUGUACUGCACAGGUGCUGUUAAGAAUUUUAAUCCAUGGUGGGCAUCAAUUACUUUUCACGCAAAAUGAUUUAACGGAGGAUUCUAGAGAGAAAUUAUUGAAAGCAGCGUCAAAGUUAGUUGAUUCCGGUAAUUUUGAAUGGCCGGAACCAGUUAUUGAGUCGUGAUCGCUAACUAAUGAUAAUGUAAAAGUGGCAGUGGAAUGAUGCAUUUAUUUUGAUGCAGUUAGUACACAACCAGUUUUCCCGUGUUACUUCAAUAUUAUCAUCAAAUAGGAAAAAAAGCUUGAAAAUCUACUGAAGUUCUCCUGUUUUUAUAAACUCCAUUUUCCGUUCUGCAUUUUUCUCAGCUCUGUUUUUAAAAUACAAUUUUAAAAGAGGAUGAGAUUUUUGAUGAAUUUUUGUUUUAAAACGAUCAAGUUGUCAGUCGGAUGUGAUUCUUUGAAUUUGUUAUGACGGGAACUACGUCCCAGUAGAAUAUGAGCGAAUACUUAACUUAUUGCUGCUGGUGACUAAUCUGUCCCAAUUGCACGUCAGCAACAACAAUAACACCACAGGCACGCAGAGACAAAGAAAAAGGCUGGAUGUCGAUUAAAGGGCAUUGGUACUGUCUCAAACAACAGACGAAAUGCUAGACAGAAACUCUGUAUAAAUAUACCUUUAGGACAACCUUGAAAAUGCACUAAUUCAGUGAUGCAUUAAAGGUAUUAACUGUCAUUAGGAAUCCAAACAGAGGGUUCACUACAGUGCGCGAUAACUCCUUAAAGUAGCUGUUUUAAAAGUGUUAGGCAAAACUAGUUUUAUAUAACAGAGUUCGAGGUUAUUCUUUUCUUUGAUUGGAUACUAACU